CUGCGACAUGGAAUCUUCCUCCCCCUGCAGCGGGUGGUACAGUCCUGCCAGCGCGUCCCGUUGCUAGGGCACGGUCACGUGCACCCUCGUGCCCCCGGAGCGGUACGCGGGACCGGUGGCCGCGGGGCCGAUUAAUCGGAAGCUGCCAUGGCCGAUGUAGUCGGGACGGGAGAGGAAGUAGGAGCCAUUUUGGUCCAGGUUCAAGAAGACCUUCACCGCCUGAAGGACAAACUGACAAGCAUCAACCUUGAACAACAGGGAGAGGGUGUGGAUGUUCAUGUUCUUGAAACAGCCAUUGAAAGAACUGAAAUUGGGCUGAGAAAACAUGCUGAGAAUUAUUUAAAUGCCAUAAAUAGAAGUGUGUUGACUAUUCCCUAUACUGAUGAAAAAGAAGUAUUUUUAGAACAGCCCCCCAAAUGUAGGAAGCUUCCUAUUGGUGCUGCUCAGAAGCAGUUUAUUUUUCCACGGGUGCCUGUUAAGCCUCUGACUACCCAGCUGUGCAGCAGAUCAGCACCACGUAUUUCUCCAGGUUUGCAGCACAAGCUUGCAAUGAAUGUGAAAAUCAUGUAUAAUCCAGGGGACGCCAGUAACAGAGUUCUUUUAAAACAGAACUAUGGAAUCAGUUUGCCGCUAAUUAAUAAGAGAAAAUCAGCUCCUGUAUGCACUCAGAAGAUUGUGAAAGGCCCUACAGUUGGUAACCUCUCAGUUUUGCCUGCCUCUCAUCAAAUGGAUUCUCCCUUACCUAUAUUAGAAAGAGAUGCAAGGAAAGGUAUUUUGAAUCUAAUUGAGCGAAGGCUAAUUCCACCAGCAGCAAAGAUUACACUUGAGUCACCUCCUGUUUUACCCAAAGCAGCUCCUCUCCAUGAAUUUCACAAACAGCACAAGAAGCCAGUUGUAGGAGGGAUUGGUAGCAAGGUGGACUUUGCUGGUACAGACAUCUUCAUCUUUCCAGACACACAAAGAGGUCCUGAUGACUCAUAUUCCUCAAACAAAGGUAGCAUUGCUCCACCUCCAUCCAGCAGCUCCAUGGCUUCAGCUAAGAAAUCGAAGAGGUUAUGGACGCAACCAGUUCAAGGCCUGGAGUUGAUAAAUUGCACUUCCCCUCCGCCAAAGAGCCCACAUAUGAUGCCAUCUCAGCCCUUACAGAAUACAUUUUUGGAUUAUGAUAUAACUAUUUGCAAUGGCACUAUAGAUCAAAAGGCUCCAGAUUUCCUGGCAUUCAAGCAGCACUAUUGUUUGUCCUGGGGAAGUAUUCUUUCUUUCUUUGAAUAUGUUGAGAAGCUUCUCAAGGACUAUGCAGUACCAUUGGCUAUAAUAAAGAGUAAGAAGUUGAUGGAACUCAUAUCGGACUUUGAACUUCACCAGAGGCCAACCAGAGAUGACCUUCUGUCGGUGAUAAAGAACCGGACAACUGUGAAAAGGAUCUUAAAUCAACCUGGCCAGAGAUACAAAGGGCAACAUGGUACUGAAAUGGCUGCCACAAAGAUCCAAGCAACAUGGAGGCGCUAUAAGGCCAGAAAAGCCUACAUCCAUUUCAGGCAGCAGCAGUGGGCAUCAGGUGUGAUUGCCAUUUCUUGGCUCUUGCAUAGUCACAUGGCACGUGUAAAAAAGACCCUGAAGGAAUCACGUCAGAGACACCUGGAGAAUUUUUACAUCAGGGCCAAGCAUCUGGCAGCCAACUGGAAUCGCAUCAGGACCUCCAGGAGGACUAUUAUCCAUAUCCCAUCAUUAGGGUAUUCCCAGUGCAUUCGUGAGGCUGCUCCUGAUUUUGCUCUUCAACAGAAUUUGCAGAUGGGGAGGCUGUGUGACAUACUAGAUGCCAACGUUGACGUCAUCUACAUCUGCCCCCUUCAUCUGAGUGAGGAGUUACUGCAGUAUUACAAUAAACUCCUGGGUCUGCAGGCAGCUGUUAGAUCUGGGAACCCUGAGGACAUGGGUGACCUGCAGGACAGGUUCAAAAUUCUCACCCCUGAAGCUAUAAACAGCUUCCCAGGCCAUCACAUGUGCCUGGCCACUCAGCUGAAGUACAGUCCCAGGACAAUCAAAAGAAUAAAAAAUCUCAUCCGAGGCAAGGAAGCCUACAUUAUUGGUGGACUUCCUCACAAAGAUGAUUUAGCAGUGGCUGACAUGUUAAAUGUACCCAUAUUGGGCUCUGAGCCAGAAGUAGCUCAUCUCUAUAGAACUAAGUCUGGAAGUAAAAGAAUCUUUGCUAGUGCUUGUGUGCCAACACCUCCGGGAGAAUAUGAUAUCUAUAACCAUCGACAGAUGCUUGAAGUUCUGAGUCAGCUGAUCAUAGAUAACCUGGAAGUGAGACGUUGGUUGUUUAAGGUGGACAAUGAAUUUGGAGGAAAUGGCACUGCAUAUUGUGACAUUGCCAGGCACCUGAAAUGCUUCCAUUGGACCCAGAAGGAAUGUCAGAGAUAUAACACCGAGAUGUGGCGGAAGAAAUGGGCACACGAGCCAGCUUUGGUGAAGAUCUCCCAGGAGCUCCCGGGCCUUUUAGCACAGCACGCACAGCCAGUCAAUGAGAAACGAUUUCCUACAUGGGAAAAAUUCCUCCAAACAUUUCUUAGUCAAGGCGGUGUGAUAGAAGCCUUUCCACCCUCAGAAAAUGUCACCAACCUUACAGUGGAUAUGCUGAUAGAGCCAAUGGGAAACAUAAAGAUAGUUUCAUCCGGAGAUCAGAUCCAUGCAGAUGGUCCUUUGCAAUCAUCUGGCACCACUGUUCCACAAUGUUCAGUUGAUCCAGCAGUUCUUAAUUCAUUAUGUUUAAAAAUUGGAGAGGCCUGCAAAUCUAGAGGGGUGCUUGGCUACUUCUCAGUUGACCUUGUAACUUUCAUCCACCCACAAACAAUGGAGCAGCAGGUGUGGGUAACAGACCUUGACCUUUGCUAUAGUGACCAGCUGGCCUUCACUCAGCUCAUGUUGUAUGUGACAAAUGGCAAUCUGGAUGGGUGCUCUAGCAGCUUUGAAGUACCACUUACGUGGAAGAAAACAAAAAGUCACAGUGUUCAGAGUGAGGAGGCAGAAACUCUGUCUCCGGUAAGCAGCCGCUGUGCUGUAAUGAGCAGUCAGCUGAGGCACUCCAACCUUUCAGUAAUUUACUAUAGUGUUCUCCUCCAAAUAUGUAAGGCUCAUGGCAUUGGAUUUGAUGUCCAGGAAAAACAAGGAACAAUUUUUAUACUGUAUGAAGAUCGCAAGCGGUACAGAUUGGGAAUGAUAACAAUCGGAGAGGAUCUCCAGGGGGUCCUCAUGACCUUUGCUCACAAUCUCUUCAUCAUCCAUCAAGAAAUAUCAGCACCUAAUAUGCAAGGCGAGACCAAUUUUAAGAUAGCAGUUCAAGAUAUUGAAGCAAUUCUGGGAAUAACUGCAGAAAACAAACUGAAAUUUGAAGAAGAGGAAUCCUCCAAAGAUGCUCCCCAAGAAUAGUUGACUGAAAUUUUAAAACUUUUUCUUUAAGCCUCUAGGAAAAACUUUCUCAUUCUCAGGAAUGCAAGAAAGAAAUAAGUUACAUGUUUUGUUGUCCUUGUCUAUUGAUAAUUGAAUGAAUAUUAGCUUAGACUGGAAAUUUUAAUGAUUAUUGAGUGAGCUUAAAUUAUUAGUAAAAUAGUAAUUAAAAUAUUCCCGGUUGUGCAAAGGGAAAUCUUGGUGAAGAACAGAGGAACAAAAUAAAUGUCCAUUUUCUUAUACCUGUCCACCAACUUCAUAUUAUGAAUACUGGAGUACAGCAUGUUUUUUUCAAACCUUAUUUGUAGACUCAUAGUUUUAAAAGUCAGAAGGCACCAUAAUGAUCUUCUAGUCUGACCUGCAUAGCACAGACCAUAGAAUUUCAUUAAAUGGUUCCUGCAUCAAGCCCAUAACUUCUGACAUGAGCUAGAGCAUCUCUUUUAGAAAUUCACCCAGUCUUGAUUUGAAGACUGCAAAUGGAAAAGAAUCCAGCACAUCCCUAGAUAAAUUGUUCCAAUGGGUAAUGAUCCUCACUGUUAAAAAUCUGUGCCUUAUUUCUAAUCUAAAUCUGUCUAGCUUCAGCUUCCAGCAGUGGGAUCUUGUUAAGCCCUGCUAAAUUCAAGAGCACCCUACUAUGAGAAAACUCUCCAUGGAGAUAGAUAUAAACUGUGAUCAAGUCACAUCUUAAAUGUUUUUUUACAUAAACUCAGUAGACUGAUCAUCUUCAGUCUCCCACAGUAAGGCAGGUUCUCUGAUCCUCAGCUCUUUUUUGUACCUCUUUUCUGAACCUUUUCCUAUUCAUCAACAUCCUUUUUAAAAAAGUGUGGAUACCAGAUCCAGGCACAGUAUUCUAGUAAUGGUCUCGCUAAUGCUGUAUACAGUGGUCAUACCACCUUCUUACCUGUAUCACUCCUUAUACAUCCAAGAAUCGUGUUUGCACUCUAGCCAUCACAUUACACUAGGAGCUUAUGUUUAGCUGGUUAUCUACCAUGACCCCUAAAUCUCUUUCAGAGUUAUUGCUUUCCAAAAUACAGUCCCCCAUCCUGGAAGUAUGACCUGUGUUCUUUGUUCCUAGACAUGUGAUCUUGCAGUUGGCUAUAUUGAAAUGCAUGUUGUUCAGGUGGGCCCGGUUUAUCAAGAGAUCCAGGUUGUUCUGUAGCACUGACCUUCCUAUAUUGUUGUUUAACACUCCACCAAUUUUUGUAUGAGCUGCAAACUUUACCAGCAGUGAUUUUAUAUUUUCUUCCAAGUCAUUGAUGAUUAUACUGAAUAGCAUUGGUCCAAGAACAGAUCCUUGUGGGAUCCCACGAAAAAAUCCUCAUUGGACGAUGAUUCCCAAUGUACAAUUACAUUUUUAUAUCAAUCAGUUAGCUAGUUUUUAACCAUUUUAAUAUGUUCUAUGUUGAUUUUGUAAUAGUGCUAACUUUUUAAUCAAAAUUCUAUGUGGUAUUAAGUUAAAUGCCAUAUAGCAAUCUACAUAUAUCAGCACAGUUACCUUUGUCAACGAAACUUGUAAUCUCAUCAAUAAAAGAUAUCAUGGUUAUUUGACAAUAUCUAUUUUCCAUAAAACCAUGUUGAUUAGCUUUAAUUAUGCUACCAUCUUUUAAUUCUUUAUUGACUGGAUCCCAUAUCAGCCCUUCAAUGAGUUUGCCUGGGAUCCAUGUCAGGCUAACUGGCCAAUAGUAACCCAUGUCAUCACACUUAACCUUUUUAAAUAUCACCACGUUCACCUUUUUUCAGUCUUCUAGAAUUCCUCAGCUUUCCAGAUUUGUUAAAAUAUGUUUUUCUCUCUUCGUUUUUGAGGAUUCUUUUGCUGCCCCUAUUUUGUAAAUUGUGAAAAGAAGGUUUUGUACACUCAGAAAUGGAUUGUGUAAGUAAUUUAGAUAUAGAUGGUAAAAUUCUUUCCUAUGUGUUUCUUAGCAUCAGAUUACUUGCCAUUUGCUGUCUUCAGGGCAGGAGGGCAAUGGAAAGGGGAAGACCUGUCUCCCCAACCAAGGCUGUAUUAUUUAUCUUGCUGGCAGAUUAUGCUCUUGCUUUAAAUUACAAUUUAUUUCCUGCUGCAGAUUGAAUGUAUUAUCUCCUGAACAUGCCAAGUCUCUGCCAUCCUACGGCUAAAAAAUCUCCAGCGAAUACCAAAGCCAGGGCUUUCCAGUCAGUACUGAAAUUCACUAUGGAACUACAGGGUACAGUGCCUUUCUUUCUCAAAGGUUUAAGUGCCAUUCGUGAGCCACCGAUCUGUGAACUCAGUGUGUAAACUUGCGAUCAGCCUCUGUAUUCACAACAGUGGUUGAAGAAAUAAAAACAGAAGUGAGAACCUAUAUAUGUGUUAUGUUGAUUUA